GGGCAUUUCCUUUCGGAUUAGAUUUCGUUGUCAGACUGGUAUUUAAAUAUGCUGCAGUAACGAAGCCGGGGAAGCCAUUGGCCGCUCAAGAUUCUACGCAGCAGUAGGAAUAUACGCUUUAUUAUACCUGUAUUAUUGUUUUCUUCAGUUGGUUCGAAAAAGGUAUAUUAUAUAGAACAGUAUUUUGAAGAUUCAACCGCGUCAGAAUUCAAAUGUAAGACGACAUCACAAUUUGCCAGCUUGAUACGUGGAUAAUUUUUUGGAUUCCUCUACAGUUUGAAUGAAAAUCGUGGUUUAUAGCUGUGAUAUGUAAAUGUGCAUGUAAAAAUGACUUAGGAUCACUAGUAUGUGUUUAGUCUAGUCAAUUUACUGACGUAUAGUGGUCUGUGCAUCUUUGUCUCGUGUUUGGCCUGUAAAGACUUGGGGAACGCUUUCCAUUCAAGGAUAUGUCUGCAUAAUAUUUGAUUGAAAGAAAAAACAAGCCAUCUACUAAACCAAUAACAAAGAGAUCCUCCGAAUUAUUUGAAUAGAAAAAGCACCAAUAGAGGUCCCUAUAGAAUAUAAGGUUGUCCAUUAUCGAAUUGCAUCAUGUUCAGCUGGUUGGGUACCGAUGACAGGAGGAAGAAGGAUCCUGAGGUCUUUCAGACAGUCAGCGAUGGGCUCAAGAAGCUCUACAAAACCAAGCUUUUACCCUUGGAGGAACACUACAAAUUCCACGAGUUCCACUCGCCCGCCUUAGAGGAUGCAGACUUUGACAACAAGCCCAUGGUUCUCCUUGUGGGGCAGUAUUCCACUGGAAAGACCAGCUUCAUACGAUACCUGUUGGAGCAGGAUUUCCCUGGAAUGCGGAUUGGGCCGGAGCCCACAACAGACUCCUUCAUUGCAGUGAUGCAUGGAGACACGGAGGGGGUGAUCCCUGGCAACGCCCUAGUUGUCGACCCCAAGAAACCCUUUAGGAAGCUCAACUCCUUCGGAAAUGCCUUUCUCAACAGGUUUGUGUGUGCCCAGCUUCCCAACCCUGUUCUCGAGAGCAUCAGUGUGAUAGAUACUCCUGGCAUCCUGUCUGGAGAGAAGCAGAGGAUCAGCAGAGGCUACGACUUCGCAGCCGUUUUAGAGUGGUUCGCCGAACGCGUGGACCGCAUCAUCCUCCUGUUCGACGCCCACAAGCUAGACAUCUCAGACGAGUUCUCGGAGGUCAUCAAGGCCCUGAAGAACCACGAAGACAAGAUCCGGGUGGUUCUUAACAAGGCUGACCAGAUCGAGACGCAGCAGCUGAUGAGGGUUUAUGGCGCCCUCAUGUGGUCGCUGGGGAAGAUCGUCAACACGCCUGAGGUCAUCCGUGUCUAUAUCGGGUCGUUCUGGUCACACCCAUUGCUCAUCCCUGACAACCGUAAACUGUUUGAGGCGGAGGAGCAGGACCUGUUCAAGGACAUCCAGUCACUACCCCGCAACGCUGCCCUCAGGAAGCUGAACGACCUCAUCAAGAGGGCACGGCUCGCCAAGGUCCAUGCCUACAUCAUCAGCUCUCUGAAGAAGGAGAUGCCAAGUGUGUUUGGAAAGGAGGGCAAGAAGAAGGAGCUGAUCAACAGUCUGGGAGAGAUCUACAGCCGCAUUGAGAGAGAACACCAGAUCUCCCCUGGAGACUUCCCCAACCUCAAGAAGAUGCAGGAGCAACUGAACGCCCAUGACCUGAACAAGUUCCAGCCCCUGAAGAUGAAACUGCUGGACACAGUGGAUGACAUGCUGGCCCACGACAUCGCCAGCCUCAUGGUGCUGGUCAGGCAGGAGGAGACCAACCGACCCCAGCAGGUGGUGAAGGGAGGGGCCUUUGACGGUACCCUCAACGGGCCCUUUGGCCAUGGCUACGGCGAGGGUGCUGGGGAGGGCAUCGAUGAGGCAGAGUGGGUGGUGGCCCGCGACAAGCCAAUGUACGACGAGAUCUUCUACACGCUGUCGCCGGUCAAUGGGAAAGUGACGGGUGCCAACGCCAAGAAGGAGAUGGUGAAGUCCAAGCUGCCCAACACUGUGCUAGGGAAGAUUUGGAAGCUGGCUGACAUCGAUAAGGAUGGGAUGCUGGAUGAUGAGGAGUUUGCCCUGGCCAAUCACCUGAUUAAAGUCAAACUGGAGGGGCACGAAUUGCCCGCCGACCUCCCCGGUCACCUCAUCCCCCCCUCCAAGAGGAAAAUCCCUGCUGAGUAGAUCCCCCCCCUGCAUCCUCACUUCCCCAGGGCACUGAAGAAGAAAGGGAGUUGGUAGGAGGAAGGGCAGUGAAGGAUCUUUGGGGGGUGCGAUGGUAAAUUCAUCAAGGUUGGACAACCACGCUUCAAUAUGAAACAAAGAAAAGUCUAAACUUUGUGGUCAUGCUUAGAGAGAGCAAAAAUAUUGAAAGUGUUGGCUUGCUCUUCUGAUCUACGUAGGAUUUGUUUUGUUUCUUUUUUAAAUUAAACUGGGUUGAAGGGGGUAAAGGUCAUGGUUCAGAGUUGGGGGAACUGAUAUUGGACUCUUACUGACUGCACCACCUGCAUGCCAUAUUAUUAAACACCCCCACUUAGAGUGUGCUAUCUGUGACAAUAAUCUGCAUUAUCAUUGGAUACAUGAACCCUGUCUGUUUCUCAAGCAUAAAGGAUUUGUAUUUUAUUUGAGCCUGAAUUUGAACCUACGUCAUAUCUCCCUUGGCAUAAAAUAGGCAUGUUUCAAAAAGGAUAAACUUAAUCUUAAUAAUCCUGGUACUUAUCACCUUAAAAUACAAUAACGGCUAAAAUGCAGUGAUAUGAACCCUUUUUUUAAUAUAUAGACAUAUUAUAUUUUCUUCUUGUGAACAGGCAGCAUCCUAAACAUGCAGGCCCUUCAUAGCCUGACCAAGAGACUGUUACAACUGUAUAGCUGUCAUGUUGUAAAUCUGAGAGAUGGUAGACCUUUAAAUGUAUAAUGUUUGAAAGUGCUUUCUAGUAACUUGUAUCCCUGUCCAACGUUUGUAUGUUUAUACCUGCGUAAUUAACCUAUUAUUUAGAAUACUUCACUGUUGAGGGAAAGAGACUUCAAUCUUUCCAUGGACAAGGAGGGGAACUGACAAUGGAGAUAAUGUUUCUGUCAUGUUCUGGCUUUUCCGAUGGGACGUAGAAUACAUACAAAUAAUCCUUCAGUGCUCACUGAAUGCAUAACUCAUUAAAAAGCAAAGGUUUUAAAUCAGCACUUUCAUUCAAUUAUCGUACUCAGAUCGCUUCCCUCAGUACUGUAGAUAGCACAAAAAAUAGCUCUAUUCUUCCUAUACUGUGACUUUCAAUGUUCAUCAUACAGUGUAUAUCUACCAUAGAGACUGUUCUAGGUUCUAUAUUUUAUAAUAUACCACUUCUGGAUAUUAUCCACCAUAAAGAAUAUGUCAUAAUCCAAAUACCCUGUGUUUUGUGUACCUGAUUGGUCAGAAACAGAAAGAUUGAAUAAGUCAAAUAUGUAUGGGUAUUGUAUGUAGAAAAGGCCCCCUAAUUGCGUGUUCAGGGCACGUUGAAUUUUGUAGCUACAGUAAUACUGGCGGUUAUUACUGGGAUCAUGUUGGGGGAACACUUAUCUGAAAGGAGUUCUUAGGGGCAACAGAUAUGUUGAGAGAAUAUACAGCACACAGUAUGAACUGGCUCUAUUCAAUCCGUAGCACUGAAGAUCCGCUUCCACUCUGUACACAAGGGCUAAGUUUCUUUCCCUGGCUGAUAUGACUGAUACUAUUUACUCCUGCUGUCUGUCUGUUGCUGCUGAUAGUACGCUAGGUAUCCUGUUGUCAUCAAUCUGUUGCUGUUGACAGUACGCUAGGUAUCCUGUUGUCAUCAAUCUGUUGCUGCUGACAGUACGCUAGGUAUCCUGUUGUCAUCAAUCUGUUGCUGCUGACAGUACGCUAGGUAUCCUGUUGUCAUCAAUCUGUUGCUGCUGACAGUACGCUAGGUAUCCUGUUGUCAUCAAUCUGUUGCUGCUGACAGUACGCUAGGUAUCCUGUUGUCAUCAAUCUGUUGCUGCUGACAGUACGCUAGGUAUCCUGUUGUCAUCAAUCUGUUGCUGCUGACAGUACGCUAGGUAUCCUGUUGUCAUCAAUCUGUUGCUGCUGAUAGUACGCUAGGUAUCCUGUUGUCAUCAAUCUGUUGCUGCUGACAGUACGCUAGGUAUCCUGUUGUCAUCAAUCUGUUGCUGCUGAUAGUACGCUAGGUAUCCUGUUGUCAUCAAUCUGUUGCUGCUGAUAGUACGCUAGGUAUCCUGUUGUCAUCAAUCUGUUGCUGCUGACAGUACGCUAGGUAUCCUGUUGUCAUCAAUCUGUUGCUGCUGACAGUACGUUAGGUAUCCUGUUGUCAUCAAUCUGUUGCUGCUGAUACUACGCUAGGUAUCCUGUUGUCGGCAAUUUUAGUAGAUGUUGCAAAUGAUACGGUAACCAAUAAAGGCGACCGAGCCAAGCAUUUGUCAUUCUGCUUCCUGCUUUUGUUUUGAUUAACUUCAGUAAGACUACUUGCUCUCCUGAGACAGUCCCUUUCCAGAUGUCAGGGAGCUAUGAAUCUACAUGGACACAAGUCAGAUGACUGUUUUCAUGCACGCCAAUUAAAGGGAUGUAUUUUCAGUCAGAUUGCAGCUUCUGAUUGUAUCGCACGUCACCUGUGCUCAACAGUUAUGCUUCACAUGUACACAACCCAUUCAAUGAUAACUACAUACACACACUGGAUGCCUGCUCUGUGUUCAUCGUCACAACGACUGUAAAUCCAUUGUACAGCCCCUUGUAAAUAAGAACACACAGUCUUCCCUGUCUGCCAGUGGAGAAUACUCAGACAGCUGUUGUGGUGGCACUCUGAUCUAUUGGCUAAUGUAGUGUAUCACAAGUGGAGGUGUCGGUGUUGUUUGUGCAGUCUGAGUCAUGGAUAUAGAGAGUUAGAAGGGGUGUGUGCCACAGGCAAAUGGAAAGGGGUGUUCUGGGAUAUGGAUCUUUUCAUUCAGUUGUAUUAUUCAUGAUUAACAAUGAGAGGUCUACUUGGUAAACCACAGUACCCUGCGUGUGUCUGUCUGUCUGUACCAUAUGUGCGUGUGUGAUUAACAGACUUGCAGAAAACCAGUAGCCAUGUUCAUGUGUAUGUUGUUCUAUGUAACUGUUCUCCAGUUGGUGGGAAGUUGGAUGGUAAAACAUUCCUCAUAUUAUGUUCUGCUUUGAAAACUAAAUAAAGCUCAUUCAUUUA